AAAGGCUCAACCCUAGUCUGCCACUGUAGCUCUCCUCUACAUCUUCAAACGUGUACAACAGAAGUCGAUAAUCCCUAUAAUUACCGUCAAGUACUAUAGAUUAGCUGCGUUCUUUCGGAAUACGGUGGAAGACCAUCUAUAUUUUAUAGCUAAGACGACGCGUGUUUAGGUUUACUACAGGCUGCUGGUCACUAUGAUCACCUAAGAAGCACCGGCGUCAACAUUGUUCUGAAAACCCCAAGCAGAGCAGCUGCGGAGUCACGAGGCGGCGACUCGCAGGACGGCCUGUGCAGCAGCACCGUUGGACAAAUAAACGCCGGGAGCUGGUGCUGCGCGCGAAGAGGACUCCGCGUUGAGGUUUACCAAACGAUGGCAUCAUCGAGGAGCAAGCUUGUCUACUUCCUGUCCGCCGCUUCUGCGGUGGAAGGCUUGUCUGUGUUGCACAAGAUCAAGGGGAAGCACGGUGGGCAGAAAACCCACCUGAAAAAUAAAGUCGCAGCACAUGAGGAUUCAUCAUCUGCGACGGCAAGUAGAAGUGCGCAUGAGCAUCACAUUGGUGUCGGUCACAAGAAGAAAAAACACCAGCACCAAAAGAAAAGCGCGAAAAAACCCGUGGACUUGUCAAUAACAAAGAACUAUCAAAUGCAAAAAAUGUCUGGGUCUGGAAGAAUGGCAGGCUUGUCAUGCAGGUUUUCCAUGGUCCAUAAUGUGUGUAAUGCAUGAGCUAGCGUCACAGAUUUUUCGAGGGCUUUGCGAUGCCUCUACCGCCUGAGAAAUGCCCUCUCCGCGUAGCGCAAACUGGAGCCCUCUUGCUGGUCUUGCAAUACAAAUUUUUUAUAGAAUCCAGACACAGCAUCAAAAGUGUAGAACCUUCCAGACCCAGACAUAGUUGCAUUUGAUAAGAGCCGUCCGGCGGUAGAUAUUGACCCACGACUGAAGCCCUUGCGACCUCCGCAGGGUGACAGAACAGCCGAUGCUGGCGUGGUCCCGGGAACAAAAGGGAUGGAAGGCGGAAAAGUCGUCGGUAAAACCAUAAGUUGUUUUUGUUGCAGAUGACAAAUAAAGGAUCAUAAACUUGUAAUGCGAUGAAGCAGACAGCAGAUAUUUUUUUUUUCAGUUCCAACCAAUGAGCCCGAACUUUGUCGUGGACCAAUAAAACAAAUGAAAAUCAUUAAGGAAAUCAAAAGCAAAAAUACGCUACAACAGCCCACUUUCCGCACGCCUACCACCCCGAAGCGCAUUCGCACAACGGGAUUCUGCCGGACAGCAGUGCGCCCAAAUACACCGGUAUCGCACGAAAAAACUGUCUCAGUCUCAAACCCUUGCGGAGUCAGCGUUGCAAAUUUGCGAAGCGAGAAACAACAAGGACAAAUCUCUGAUGCGUUCAAACAGCAAGAGAAAACACGUACGAGAGACGACUUUCUUGGAUCUCCAGCAUGAAAAAAAACUUUCUCAAGGAAGUUGCGCAUUACAAGUUGAGACUGAGACAGUUUUUUCUCACGAUAACCGCUGACCAGGAGGAGCUAGAGUACGGUGAUCCGCAACUGAGUCUAUGCAUUGCAAAUGUGUCCUCUGGGCGGUCAGUCUGGAAAGUUGUGAUGCUACUGCGCGGAUGAUGCGUAACCCCCCUUACGGGGCCGACCAUGACAAAUUUCUGAGCGAGGACUACGUUUAGCGUAAAUCGCAUGGCAACUCGCAUUUCUGCAUGAGAACUACAAUAUGGUGCUAUAGCGCAACACGCAUGACAGACUUCUCUCUCUUUUGUUAGACAAGCAUGACAAAGAUCAUCCAGACCCAGACAGAUUUGCAUUUGAUAGAGUCACAAGCACCGCAAUGGCAAGCAUAAUAGCAAGCACGCAAAGCACAAGUCGCAAAUCCAGCGGCGGUACACAAUCAACAGCAAAACCGGACUAGAGACACACGAGCCAGACCAGUGUGCGGAUAUCAAGAAGUAUGCAAAGAAAAAAGUUCUACAGUUGCACGUUGCGUUGCAAAACAUGCAAGACAAACAACCUCUGUCAUGCGCAAGAUGCUUGUGAGCCUCGUUUCAUGCGUGUUUUGCCUUCUGAUCUCUGCAUUUACAAGCUUUCUCUGUGGUCAUGCAAGGCAGAUUUGUCAUGCUGAAUCCGCUUGCAACGUGUAAGUAUAGCACUUUUUUCCUUGGAUAAGAAGGAGUUCCCAACCGAUGAGGAAAAGCACACGACUAUCCUGAGUAAAAGAACCGGCGUUAUUUCUCAUGAGAAGCAUUGUCUAUAUUGUAAUUACGUUUAUCGAUUUCUUGCCAUGCAGCCCUUGGUAAAAAUCCGGGUCAGACAGGAACUACAGCGCUGUAGAAGGUACUGUCAUGAGCAACUACGACCCUGGCCGCCCCAUGACUUGUCUACUACACUUUCCUUCCUGAGGACUCUGGCGUGUGAGCAACAAGAGAGUUCCCGUAGUUUUUUUUACACAGGAUAGCGCCCUGCUGUCUGGAGCAUGCGAACCCACUUCUGGCGCAUCAGAAAACAUUAUCAGAGUGCACAACUCCCCCUCUCCCUCAUUUGCGUAGCAUGAACUACGGCAAUGUAAGCAUCAGCAAGAGUGCCGGUUUUGCAUGACAAAUUUGCGCUGGAGUGUAGUGCUAUUUGGGCUACCAGAACUUGUCAUGCAUAAUAGUGACAAGAGGGAAGGCGUGGAGUUAAUAUUUUGCAUGAGAAAUGAGAACGAGGGGGAGUUGUACACUCUCAUAAACAUACACGGUCGAGUUGAAGAAUUUUCAGAACGUGCAGUACUUCGGGGACAUCGGGAUUGGUAGUAUGAUGUAAAGAACACGCCCCCGGUGGCCCGUAUCUCCGAGUGGAGGAUAGAAAAGGUCAAGAAAUGAGAAAGAGUUUAUUUCGGGUUGCAUUUUUGUUGCGUGGUUCUGGGCCCUGUGAUGAUCCACCACGUGAUCAUGAUGGUUAUUUGGUCUCGAAAUCAGCACCGACGUGGCCAUGGAAAAGAAUUUCUUAACGCGACCCGCUAGAGGCAAUGCAUGGCUGUGUGCUACUACUUUAUUUUCACCUCUACAGCUGCACUCCUCCCACCAGGGUCGUGUUUUUUCCCUCGGAUACCCGGCAAAGGCGCGGCUGGCGCUGCGUUUGCCCUGGCUGACCAAACUGGAACUGGCGAGAGUGUAGCGGAAGGUGACCAAGAUGCUGGAAUGAGCGCAUUACAAGUUUCCUCUUCUUCCAAACAAGAACCAGGAGCGGACAGCACGGCUUUAGCGUCCGCCGGUGGGGAGAUGGCGUACUUUCCGGCGAUUUACGACACCGGAUCGUUUGAGAUCCUGGUUUUGUCUGCGGAGUGCGAACAGUGCAAGGGGCCGGGGUACAAUCCGCAAGACACACCGCUGUACGACUCGAAAAGCUCGAACACCUUCGCUCUCUUCGCCACAGAGGAGGAAAACAAAGAUAUCGUACGAAAAAAUUGUUUCACUGUGGACCUGUGAUGCAGAAAAUGGAACACAGAAACAUUUGUCUUGCUAGACCUGCAAGAAAGUGGAUUUUCAAGCGUGUUUUCCCUUGGGAAGCGCGCAUGACAAAUUUUCUGUGUCAUGUGUAACAAACUUGUGAUGCAGAUCUUGCAAAAUCAUCACAGUGAAACAGUUUUUUCGUGGGAUAAAAGAAGCAGAAGAUGCGAUGAAGGCCUGCGAAAAGGAAAAAUCCGGGGAUGAAGUGUGUGAGUACAGGGUAUAAAAGUUGGUUUAUGUUCUUGUUCGGAAAUUUGUGAUGCAGAAAUUAUCCACUUGAUAGAAGAAGUUUGUCAUGCCGUGAGUACCUACCUGAAAAAGCGAAGAAGUCUUUGGAAAUAAUCCAAAUGCGACGAGAUAAAUCCACCUGCAAACAUAAGUAACAUUAUACACAGCGCGUGUCCGCGCAGCACAUGUUCGGAUCCGGGUAUCAAAUGUAAAAAUGUCUGGGUCUGGAAGAAUGCAACUUGUGAUGCUGCAUUUGGAUUCCAGAAAAAUCUGUAUUGCAUGAGCAUCAAAAGGAAUGUAAUUUUUGCUACGCGGAGAGGGCAUUUGUCAUGCGGAAUAGGCAUCAAGAAGCUCUCAAAAAAUCUGUGAUGCUAGGGCAUGCAUCACAGACAUCAGGGCUCAUGCAAAACGUGCAUGACAAGUGUCAGAAUCUUCCAGACCCAGACAUUUUUGCAGUUCAUACUGGGCCGACGCAGUCCAUUCGCGGGUACGAAAACGUGAAAAUGGGUCGGGAUGAAGAUUUAUGCUGUGCAAAAGUAUCGUACUCGUAUAAAUGCAUUACAAAUUUCCUCAGCAUGAGAACUGGAUUUUGUCAUGCUGUUUUACCUUAAGGACAAGAUUUGUCAUGCAUAAACGCAAUUGGUACGAGAACGAGUGCGAUACUCUUGCAAUUCAUAAGAUUCGCCGGUUUUGGAAUACUUUCCCUUUUGGCAGGUGGUGCAGCAUCAGAUCGCCGCCUGGGAAUCCGGGGCGAAAUUUUCCGCGAUUGUCGGUCUGGGACCCCGGGACCACGUGCCGGGAAUGAGCGACACUAGUAUUGAUUUGUUUCUGUUAGUAGUUUGUCAUGCGUUUGCAAAUGCAAUCAUAGUACUCACUUGAAUUAUGCCGACAGUAGUUCUUGUGAACAACAGUUGCAGUCCUCUACUCUGGUUUUUAUGGAGCGCAAGUUAGUCCCUGUGAUGAGUAAAAAGUUAAAAGCGAUCCAAAACCGACGUUUCGGAAGCUGCAUUGUGCAGAAGGAAUGAGUAUGGUCUACUAUGGUUUAUGCAGUAUGAUUAAGAAAGAAGUAGUCUAUUCGGGGACUACCUUGCGCUUUAUAUCUUUCGGAACUUUUGCAAUCCACAGAUGAAGACUCUAUGCGAGUGUGAGACAAAUCCAGACAAAGCGCGCGCGCUUGCUCGAGGCAAUCACUCAGAGGCUUUUUUCUGGAACUGCGGGCCGCCAAGCUGCAGACGCAGGUCUCUUGUCAUUUUCCCGGGCGCUUCGUGCUCUCGCCCAUGCCGGCCAACCCCCGCCAUGACUCUGCGAACGGAACCCAGCAGGAGCCGCCAGAGUCUCUGUGAGGGUGGGGGCGCCGGCCUUGGGUACUUUCUGCAGCAAAGCAUACGCCGCGGCCUUUUUUUUCAACUCGGAGUCGCCAAAGUACAGGGAAAAGCCUUUUUUGUUGUUCAAAAAAGCAGAAUGUGGCGCAAAAGAGACAGCCGAGCUCGGGAAUAGAGGGAGCGGGAUGAUGGCGGCGCGCUGUUGGCGCGCCUCUUUCUCGUCGCCCUGAGUCUGCGCGCGCCUUGUUACACGUCCCUUGUGCUUGCCCAAGGCGGUACGGUGCCGCGCGCAGCCGCAGGCAGUUCGUGUGCCCCCCUUCUUACCUUCUUCUCUCUCCGUUGUCCAGUUCGAACCCCUCCAGGGGAAAGAAGCUUACUUUUCUCGUCAGUUCGAACCCCGCCAGGGGAAAGAAGCUUACUUUUCUCGUCAGUUCGAACCCCUCCAGGGGAAAGAAGCUUAGUUUCCCACUCAGUUCGUUCUCUCUUUAUUCAUCUUCUCUGUUUUCAGUUCGUUGUUCGUUUACUAAAGUUGUAAAACUCGAAAACUAGAACCACAUAUCUUUCGGAACUUUUGCAAUCCACAGAUGAAGACUCUAUGCGAGUGUGAAGAUGGCUUGGUGGGAAGAUGGCUGAUGCGCGGCUCUUACAGUGCAAAGAGUUCGCGUGCUUCAGCUGUUUUUCAGGCUAUCUUCGGGUGGUGGUUUGAAGAAGUGGAUUUGCCUUUUUACAUUUGGAGCGCCAAUGCUGGCGUCUCAGACAGGUCGCAGCGCGAUGUGCUGCGUCCGCUAGAUCACGACAUACCCGCGGGAACUUCCCGGAACUUAGUCACGAUUGGGAGCAAGACCCCGCAGCGCCGCCCGGGUUCCGGGCUCCACCGCGGGGCCCUACCCCGGCGCGUUUCCCACGUGCUCGCUACCUAGCUACAACACAGCCCCGCGCGCCUGGAUCUCUGCACCGACAGAGCCAGGCUGCCCCGUUGAGUCACAUUUGGGGAAGAUGUUCGGCGGGCCAUGUCGUGUUCCACGGCUUGGCCCACCUUCACGUCCGGGGCGUGGCUCUGUGGGGUUUGAGAGCUUGGCUUGCGCGGCUUGCUACUUGUAGCUUGCUGUGCCGGCCGGGUUCUCUUCUUGCUGGCCAGUGUGACCGUCGCAGGGCGUCCCGCGACGAGGACUGCAGCGCGCGUCAGCACUGCCUUCGAUUAUCAUCGUUUCCGCGCGCUUUCGCUCGUUGGGUGAAUUGCGCUAGGAAUGUGAAUUUAUAUGUCGUGCGUAGCAGUUAUAUCAAUUUACAUGAUCAAGCAAGAGGGUUGCACACUCCGACAUCGGGCUGGCUGCCCGAUGUCGACCAGCUUCCGCUGGUUCUCUGUCCUCUAUCUAGAAUCUCCGCUUCGUCUGGGCUUGCCUGGACUCGGCGUUUUUUCCCCGCCCUCCCACCCAGCUGCUGCAUCUUCAUUGCGAGAGACUCCACAUUUUUUCACUUUUGCAAUCCACAGAUGAAGACUCUAUGCGAGUGUGAAAGCGAGUUGUAGGCUGUCUUUUUAGUUUUACGCCUACUGGCAUUGAUGGAACGAAUCGCGACGCAAAGUUAUUCUGUUGUCAUGCUUACAUACAAUGCCACCUAUCUAUGUCGUGGCGGCAAGAAAGCGGUAUGUCGUUAUUUCUCGUUGACGGAAAAACUAUGCGAUGCCAGCAAAACUAGAAAAGGACAGCAUACCAUAUCGUUCGCUCCCAUACCUCGUGGGUGCGACAGCAAUCCGCACAGGACGAUAGACUACAAUCUGAUAUGGCUUGCUCAGAUGUUACAAUCUCAAACGUGAGGACGAUGAAGUCUGGAAUUUGUGUUGCAUGAACAGCAUGGGCACCAUACAGAGACUUGCGCUUUUCGCAUUACAAAUAAAGAAGUAGUCUAUUCGGGGACUACCUUGCGCUUCAUACCUUUCGGAACUUUUGCAAUCCACAGAUGAAGACUCUAUGCGAGUGUGAAGAUGGCUUGGUGGGAAGAUGGCUGAUGCGCGGCUCUUACAGUGCAAAGAGUUCGCGUGCUUCAGCUGUUUUUCAGGCUAUCUUCGGGUGGUGGUUUGAAGAAGUGGAUUUGCCUUUUUACAUUUGGAGCGCCAAUGCUGGCGUCUCAGACAGGUCGCAGCGCGAUGUGCUGCGUCCGCUAGAUCACGACAUACCCGCGGGAACUUCCCGGAACUUAGUCACGAUUGGGAGCAAGACCCCGCAGCGCCGCCCGGGUUCCGGGCUCCACCGCGGGGCCCUACCCCGGCGCGUUUCCCACGUGCUCGCUACCUAGCUACAACACAGCCCCGCGCGCCUGGAUCUCUGCACCGACAGAGCCAGGCUGCCCCGUUGAGUCACAUUUGGGGAAGAUGUUCGGCGGGCCAUGUCGUGUUCCACGGCUUGGCCCACCUUCACGUCCGGGGCGUGGCUCUGUGGGGUUUGAGAGCUUGGCUUGCGCGGCUUGCUACUUGUAGCUUGCUGUGCCGGCCGGGUUCUCUUCUUGCUGGCCAGUGUGACCGUCGCAGGGCGUCCCGCGACGAGGACUGCAGCGCGCGUCAGCACUGCCUUCGAUUAUCAUCGUUUCCGCGCGCUUUCGCUCGUUGGGUGAAUUGCGCUAGGAAUGUGAAUUUAUAUGUCGUGCGUAGCAGUUAUAUCAAUUUACAUGAUCAAGCAAGAGGGUUGCACACUCCGACUUCGGGCUGGCUGCCCGAUGUCGACCAGCUUCCGCUGGUUCUCUGUCCUCUAUCUAGAAUCUCCGCUUCGUCUGGGCUUGCCUGGACUCGGCGUUUUUUCCCCGCCCUCCCACCCAGCUGCUGCAUCUUCAUUGCGAGAGACUCCACAUUUUUUCACUUUUGCAAUCCACAGAUGAAGACUCUAUGCGAGUGUGAAAGCGAGUUGUAGGGUGUCUUUUUACAAUUACUGGCAUAGAAGUAGGAAACCGGACGACGGAGGAUUCAUUUUUGCACACUGUUGCCAUGCAUGUUGCCGUGCUCAGUAUGCCGCAAUUAUCCCCUGUCUCAGUCUCGUUGGCAGAAAAAUAAACAUUGCUUUAUGCCAGUAAAAGACAAAGCACAGCAUACCACAUCGUUCGCUCCCAUACCUCGUGGGUGCGACAGCAAUCCGCACAGGACGAUAGACUACAAUCUGAAAGUUCGCUUUUUUUUCCUGGCCUACAAAAAUGGGAAAAGACCUCCAGGUGAGCACCCCAGUGAGCAGAACAACACGGAAACGCUGCUGGAACGCGGAGACGUGAACAAAUUUUCCAUCUGUUAUGCAAGAAAAAAACUGUGUAAGUGUAAGUCUGUGAUGCAGGAAAUGCUAAACUGUUACACUUGUCAUGCUAGAGGUGCGUCAUAGGCCACUUUCAUGGGUGUUUCCACGUACUAGCUGCGCACGACAGGUUUUCCCUGUAAUGCAAAGCGAAUUAUUGUGAUGCUGAUCUUCCUACAAAGUAUACACUUACACAGUUUUUUUCCUGGAUAUCUGUCUCAGUCGGGGCAACACGGCGGACCAGGCAAUUGCAGAGUCGCAACAGGAGCAGCAGGCGCAAAACUGGCCGCCGGGCUACCUCACCUUCAACGCGAACUCUGAUCAGGGCGAAACGCAGGUCGAGGUCGUCGGAAAGGUGCACUGGGCGGUCCACAUGACAAAGUUCGGCAUCAAGCACGGAAACGACUAUGAGAGUGCACAACUCGUCGUCUCCCUCCCUCUCAUGCAAAACACCAACGCCACCCUUUGCCCUUUGCCACUACUAUGCAUGACAGAUUCCGAAAGGUGCCGAAACAGCACUAGAAUCUUCGAUCACCAGGCUCCUGUCAUGCAAAAACUGCAUCUUUGCCAAAGCUUGUCUUGCUGUCGAUGCUAUCCAAAUUAUGGGGGAAAUAAGUUGUGCACGCGCAUAAAGGCACCAGUACUUUCAUCAACUUCUGCGACAACGAAUUUUCGGAGGGUGCUGGCUGCGCUGCCAUUAUCGACUCCGGCACUUCCCUGCUCGCCGCCCCGUCCGCCGUCAUCGACGCGCUCCAACAGAAAUUGCAGAUCAAGGAGGACUGCUCGAAUUUGGACACCUUACCCGAUUUGGAGUUCACGUUUGGCAAGGGGACGCAGUUUGUCGAGCAGUUUAAACUGCCGCCGAGUGCGUACUAUGCAUUGCAAAUAUCUACUCUGGACGACGUCUGGAAGGAUGCAAACCUGUGAUGCGCGUUUCGGAUCACACAAAAAUCUGUGAUGCGUGGACAACAUAAGCAAAAGCGGGCCAAUUCUUGUCAUCGAAAUGAUCGGGGAUUUGUCAUGCGCAUAAUAGGCAUUGGGAACCUUGUAAAAACUUGUGAUGCUAUUGCUAGCGCUAGAGGUUCUCGCAUGCCAGACCAUCUCAGCCAUGCAAAAACAGCAUGACAAUAAACAUCUGCCCGCAUGAUCCAGAGGACCACCCGGGGAUAUUUGCAGGGGAUACGUACGUGAUGAAGAUUCAGCACUCCGAAGACACGACCUCCGUGCAGGACUGGUUUUUCGGGCAAAGGAAGUCCACGCAGUCGGUCGCCUAUCCUGCUGUAAAAGUUGUAUUAUCCGAUCGCACUUCAAUGUCCACCUAAUUGCAAGAAUACUACCUAGCAUGACAGAUCUGUUCUCUACAGGGAAAAUAGCAUGGCAAAUUCUUGUUCUAUUUUUCAUUGCCGAAACAAAAAUUUUGCAAUGCAAUUUCAGUACAUCACUACUGAUGCGAUCGCGAUGCUUUUCUGCACCUGCAUAGUGCCUGCAUCCCGGCCUUCAUGCCCAUGGACAAGCAGGACGCCAGGCUGGGGAACGUGUUCAUCAUGGGCAUGCUAUACAAAGAAAAAAGUGUUACAACAGCGACACGUUGUAUUAUUGCGUAUUAAGCAAGACAGACGCGAUCUCUUAUGCCGGAUGUGCAUAGGAGAAUGGUUCCCAUAUGUGUUUUUCCUUCUGAUCUCUGCAUCGCAGGUUUAUUUUUCUGUCAUGCGGAGAUGACAAUUUGUGUUGCUAAAUGGAGACCACAGGAGGUGUUGUCACUGAAACGCUUUUUCCUGUGAUACAUGUCGUUCCUCCGCCACUACCGCACCACCUACGUCCGCGCGGUGGGCUCGUGUCUAUGAGGGUGCACAACUCCCCCUCCCCCUCAUUUGUAUGGCAUGAACAGCAUCACAAACACCAACACAAGUGGAGCCUGUGCAUGACAAGUUUACGCACCGAAUGUAGAAGUCGUGUUUUGGCUUCCGGAAUUUGUCAUGCAAACACUGCCACAAUACAUCAACGGCAUUUAUUGGGGUUUUGCAUUACAAAUGAGGGGGAGGGGGGGUUGUGCACUCUCAUAGUGUCCACCGAAGAUGUACUUCGACGAGGUGGAUAACAACUGCAACAAGUAUCGCAAGAAAAAACUGUUUCACUGUAAACUUGUGAUGCAUAAAAUGGAACACAGAAGCAUUUGUCUUGCUAAACAUGCGAGAAAGUGGAUUUUUAGCUGUGUUUUAGAUCUCUUGGUGCUUCGGCACUUCGAGGUUUAGGGUCGGAACGUUCUCAGCACUGCUGAAGCUUAAGAAGAAAGGGGCGUGCACGCCCUGGCCUUCAGUUUGCUCCGCCAUUAUCUUUUUGACGAUCGCUUUACAAAUCCUCCUUUUUUGCUCUGCCUCUUGUUCCCCGGGCCCAACUGGCACCAAGCAGUUUUUUUCCGGGCUUUUUUUCCGGUCUAGGUUUAGGUAGGGCCCCACCGCCGCCGGCACGGGAUGGCUGUCGUCGCGACCGUCUCACCUACGAUCUACGCCUUCUCCUGCUGCACAAGUUCGAUCCGGAAAGGGUUUAGGUUAGGUUUCAGGGUUUAGGAUAUCCACUUUUAGCUGUGUUUUCCCUUAGGAAGCUCGCAUGGUAAAUUUUCUCUGUCAUGCGGAACAAACUUGUGAUGCAAAAGUUGCAAAAUCCUUACAGUGAAACACUUUUUUCCUGUGAUAACAAGGUCGGGGGGAGUGGUAGCGGUGCCGCGGGUGAAAAUAAAAGUGAGACUACGGGACUCAACAGCGAAGACACCGACAUGGCGUUGCUCCACUCGUUAUGGAUUGCAAAUAUGUCUGGGUCUGGAAGGUUGCAACUUGUGACGCUGUUUUUGGAUUCUAAAAAGAUGUGUAUUGCAUGAGCAGCAAGAGGAGCCCAGUUUGUGCGACACGGAGAGGACAUUUCUCAUGCGGAAUAGGCAUGAGAAAGCCCUCGGAAAAUCUGUGAUGCUGAGUCAUGCAUCAGAGGCAUCAGGGGUCAUUCAAAAUAUGCAUGGCAAGCCUAGCAAUCUUCCAGACCCAGAUAUAUUGGCAUUCGAUACUCGUCAUCAGAAGUGGAGUCCCGCAGUGACCAGGCAAACAGUGCGGAGCUGCGGCUGAAGAAGAUCCAGCGGGAAGUGGUGCACAUCGAUCCGAAGAAAAUCCGGAUUCCGAAUUGGGCGAAAGGGGACGCGAAGGGGAUUGUGCUGUGAUGAACCACACGAUUGUUCGGAACAGAAAUUUGUGUUGCGUUUCCUGAACUACAGGCGAGGACAGCAGGCGUAACUACGAUUUUUACUGGUUAAAUUGAAUGAGGAGGUGGCGCUGGCGACACGGAAUGGCGCGCUCCACUUCCCAGAAUUACCGGUACCUACAGCGGUAUCCUGAGCAAAAAUGUACCCACCCCAGAGUUGUCAUGCAGAUUUGCAGCUACAGGGAGAUUUGUAAUGCGCAUCCACAUGAGAGGCGUUUCCAAUCGCGUUUUGCGCUUUGUAAUGCUGUCGACAGGAUGAGAAGAUGGAUUUGUGUUGCGGCUGUACUUGCUAAACUGCACUACAAUACAGAGACGAACUUGUCAUGCUGGACCCCCAAAACUUCUCGAUUUGUGUUGCGAGAUCCCCAGCUUGACUCUGGUGUGGGGACGUUUUUACAUAGAAUAAGCGGCGGGAGAAUUUUGUGUCAACGACACGUGUCCCGUCGAAUGAAUGACAAACUCAAAGUAAGUUGAAGAAGUGCCUGCAAGUUUCCUCGUCUUGCAGGCAGGAGCACCACAGCUUUUUGAAUGAUUUGAAUUCCUCAACGAUAGAGAACUUUUUUGACGACCCGAAUGAUAGCGAGUUAGUAGCGAAACUUCUAAUCUUGCUGGUAUAAAAAUUGAAAAGUUGGUACGGAUUCAGAAUUGCUCUUUCAGAAUGGACUUUUUUUUCCUAGCGUUAAAAUGUUUUUUCAAAAUAAUCUUUUUUCGACAUGCAGUUUUGUUUUUUCAACAAACCACAGCCAAUGCCGAUUCGGAAGUCUAUCCCUACUGGUAGCAAAGAGUUGUGCCCCCGCGGAUAAUAUUUCCUUCGGUGCAGUAGAAGUCGGCUGUGUGGUAGUCAAGACAAAAAUGCUCCACCCUUACGUUUCUUGAAUGCAUUUGUUUCAAAAGAAUUUCAAAAAUCACUCAUGAAUGUCACUGUAUCUAUCUUUCUUCUAUUGAUGAGGUCCUGUUUUGAAGGAAGUAAAAUGAACUCUUCAAUCAGCACUAGUUAGGUACGAUCCAUCGUUCUUUCUCGACGACUCAGAGAUCGUAAUCGUCUAGAAGAGCGGGAGGUUUUAUUUGAUGAAGCCUCGUCUGCAGUUCGUCUUUGUUUCCAACACUUUCCUCGAUUUGUGUAAAGAAAUUCGCUCC